AUGUCGAGCGGGGUCUUUCAACCGGUCGGACAGAAGCGACUGACCAAUGUCGCCAUCGUUAGAAUGAAGAAGGGCGGCAAGCGCUUCGAAGUCGCGUGCUACAAGAACAAGGUCCUGAACUGGAGGUCGGGGGUCGAGAGGGAUCUCGACGAGGUCCUGCAGUCGGAGUCGGUCUUCCAGAACGUCUCGAAGGGCGUGCUGGCGAAGAAGGAGGACCUGGAGAGGGUGUUCGGCACCACCGACUCCCGCGCGGUCUGCCUCAUCAUCCUCGAGAAGGGUCAGCUGCAGGUGUCCGAGGGCGAGCGCAAGGUCGAGAUCGGGACGCUGUUCAAGGACGUGUGCAGCGUCCUCGUCGACAAGACCAUCAACCCCACCACGGGCAAGCCGUACACGCACACGAUGAUUGAGCGCGCGCUGAAGGAGAUUGGGUUCGCAGUGGACGUCACGAAGCCCGCGAAGCCGCAGGCGCUGGCCGUGCUGCCGCGGCUGCAGACCACGAUGCCGAUCGUGCGCGCGCAGAUGCGCAUCGCGAUCGACGUGCCCGAGGACUGCGAGAAGCCGCUCCGAGACAUGAUUUCCCAAAUGGCGGGGCACCUGGAACACUGGGACCUGCCGCAGGGCCGGUUCCGGGCCACGUUCCUCGUCGAGCCUGCGCGCCUGCGUGACAUCAACGACGCCGUCUCGUCCUUCGCGGGCAAGAAGUGGGCCGUCGACAUCCUGUCCCGCAACGCGGCGGCGCCGACGGCCACGGCGGCGCAGGCCCCCUCGGCGGCCAACCCGCUCGACGGGGCGACGGACGUGCAGGCGGCGACGGAAGAAGCGGAGCGGCAUCGACAAGCGCAGGACCAGGUGGCGCGGAUGCAGGCCCGCCAGCACGCGGCGCGCUCCGGCUUCGCGGCGCCCAUGCCGCAGCGCGCCGCGUCGGACCGCGCGGCCCGCGGACGGAGGCCCGCUGCGCAGGCUCUCGCGGGCGACGUGGUGUACAGGGGGGCGGUGCAGGGUCUGCCGGAGGAGUUUGAGUCGCGGAAGGAGAGGUUUGCGGAGCUGGACAGACUGCAGGGGGGCUGGGAGGUGGAGCUGCGGCGGAGGGACGGGGGCGUGGUGGACGCGGUCUUCUACGAGCCGGGAGGGGGCCUCGUGGGGACGUUCGCGGACGCGCGGAGGCAGGCGCUCAAGGCCAGCAAGGCCGCGCAGGCGGAGGCGGCCGGCGCGUGA